AUGGAGCAACCACACGAUGAUUUUAUAGCAUUAGUGGUGACACUUGCAAAAGAAGAUGAAGAAAAACAAAAAAAGAAAAAUGAUAAUAGUAAAGAUAACAACAACAACAAUAAUAAUAGUAAUAAUAGAAGAGGAAAGGAUUAUAAUUUAAAAUCAAAAGCAAAACAAGAGUUUAAAGACUAUGCUUUAGAUCAAAAUAAAGUAGUAUCAUGGUUACUCUUUUUAAUUAUAAAUGGUACUUACCCAACUAAAUCAGUUAAAUUACUUGAUAGAUUAUUGAUUAAAGAAGGACAAGAGUUUAUAGAGGAAUUGUCAGAAGAGAUAUUAUAUGCAGCCAGGUGUGAAUUAAUCAAGAUACUUGAUAAACGUCAAACUGAUACCUUUAGAAAGCAUUGGUUUGGUAUCAUUGAAUCAUUUGCAACUUAUUUAGUACCAGAAGGUAAAUGGAAUGAUUUAGAACCAACAUUGGAGAUUGUUGCAAGAGGAGAAGAAGACGGAACACCACUAAAAGAUAAUUCAAUAGUGCUGUUACAAGUGUUAUCAAAACAUGAAUUUAAAAAGACUAAAAAGCUUCUAAACGCUGAACAAAUCGUCGAUUUGAGUCAUGAGGAUUUGGAUAAACGUCGUGAUGCACUCGAUACAUUCAACUCGUUUAUUCUGUCUCGUGGUAUGUCGCAACAGCAGUUUAAAUCGACUCUCCCAUUGGCUCUGUCAGUUGUCUCUCAAUUGGACGGUAUUUCUCACGGAGGUCCUAUACUAGAUUCUACACUCUAUCUGACCGAUGUCUUUAUCAAUGAGGGUGAGUCUUGGACACAAGGAUUCAUCCCACAAAUCAUUGACACGUUUAUCAAAGUGAUGGAUAGAAAUCGCGUAAAGGGAUUCUCAUCGAGAAGCAUCAAACGUAGUAUAUUUGACUUUUUGUUGCUCAUUGCCGAAGGCAAUCCCUUUGACUUUACACAGGGCCAGAUUGAAGCAAUCGUCGUUCACAUGUAUGCAUGGUUGAUGGAAGUCAAGGACGUGUCGGUCGAAGAGUGGACAGAGAGCAACAGCAAGAUUGACAAUGACAAUAACUUUUUCAACUUUAACUAUGAUGAAGAACAAGAUGAUGACAUUGUCCCAAAGGAAGAGGAACCCAUCGACAGUCUAGAACGUUACGAAGACAUAAGUGAUGAGGCAGCAGGUCUCACUGCAGACACUGGGUUUGACAGACUCUCAGAUGCAUUUGGAGAAAGUAUUGUCGUUCCUAUCUUUAACCAAUUCACAGUCUUGUCAAAAUCUCAACAAUGGAAAGAAAGAUAUGCAGCUUUGAUUAGUUUAUCAAAAGUUUGUAAAUCAAUCCCAACAAGUGUUUCUCAACAAUUUAAAUUUAUUUUAAAAUCAGCAUUAUCAUUAAUUGGUGAUGAAAAUACUAGAGUUAGAUGGGCAUCAUUUCAAUUAUUAAUUAAAUUAUCAAUAAUUUAUAAUGGAUUAAUGAUUGAAUCAAGAGAGGAAUUAUUUGAAACGAUUGGAAAAUCAAUUAGUGAUCCAAAUGAACGUGUACAAAGUUGUUGUUGUGUAUUGAUUCAAACAAUCAUGGGAUCGUUAACAAAGGACAUGAUCGUGGACAGUCUCUUGGAUGGAUUAUUUUGUUCAUUUGAAAAAUUACUCGGUUCAUCAAAAUUAUAUGUAGUUGAAAGUGCAUUCAUUUCUUUAAUAUCUGUUAUUGGUACUGUUAAAGAGAAAUUUAAACCUUAUUAUAGAAAAUUUAUACCAAUAAUAUUUUCAUUAUUGGAAAAACAUCAUGGAACAAAAGAAUCAAGAAUAGUACGUAGUCGAGCAAUCAAAUGCUUUGCAAUGUCUGCAGCAGUGAUGGACAAAAAGACCUAUUUAAAAGAUUUACAUUGGUUUAUGCGUUUUGUCAAAAAGAAUCAAAAGUCAUUUGAUUUGAUUGUCGAUGUAUUCAGAGCAUCUGGUUUCUUUAUUGAAGCUGUUGGUAAAUCAUUUUCAGUGUAUUUACCAAUGGUCAUGCGUAUGAUUAUCAACAUUCUAAGGACACCAUUGCCCAAUCAACUAACGGGUCCCAACCAUGUAGCAGCACAACAAGACAUCACAAAAAUCCUAUCAACACUCAAGGUUUUAAAUGCUGUCAUGGAUGAAUCGGAUGACGGUCAGAUCCAACUAUACGAACCGUUGGCACCAUUUAUGCAAAUCCUACUACUUCCAUUGUACACGUUGACCAUGUGUCCCAUCGACAGUGACAUUCGUGACCGUAGCGAAAAGACACUUAUGGCGUUUGGCAUGAUGUAUGAUUUUGUGCUCAGACCAAGUUCACGUGAACCCGACCUCAAUGUCAUGGUCAAUCGUAUCAACAUGACAUGCGACAUUAUCAAGGUGAUGGGUACCGACGCAAUGUCAUUUGACCAAGUACAAAUGACCCUCGCUACAUUUACACAAGUCGAGAAAAAGCUACUCGAUAUUGCCAAGGCCGUGCGAGACAACAACGAAGAGGUCAUCGGCGAUCGAGAUCCCGAAGAUAUGUUAGAGACUGUUAUCGACGGGCUCGCCAGCGUUUAUGAAAUGAUUGGAGAAAUGAUAAAGCAAAAUGCCACCGUCUCUGUUCCACUCGUCACCUCUUCCGGUAUGUUGGUCGGUCUUUGUAAAAAGUUGCGCGACAAAAGGGAAGAUGAAAUUGUCAAGACUGCCAUCCUCUGUCUCUUGGCUCAGUACUGUUCGUUUGGUGGUGAGGCAGCUAUUGGAGUAUUCCCAGAUAUCAUACCACCCAUUACCGAGUGUCUGAUAGUCCCUUACCCAAUGGGACGACAAAAUGCUUCCUAUGCACUCGGUAUGGCUGCACAGAUUGCCAAGGACAGAUUCGCACCAUUUGUCAUGCAGGUUUUACAAGGAUUCAACGUGAUGCUCUCUUUACCAGCUUCACGGUCGCCCAGCAAUGAAGGAGCCACUGAAAAUGCCAUCUCUAGUAUUGGAAGAAUCGUCAGAUACGUUCCACAAGUAGCUAGUCAUGUCAAUGUCGUUAUUCCAAAAUGGUUAUCAACCCUUCCCAUCCAGGAUGUAGAGGAGAUUCCACCUCUUAUUGAUAACCUAUAUGCCAUUGUCCAUCUCUACACUGAUGAAUCUCUAGGUCAACAAUUCCAACAUGUUGCCAAGAUACACCAAAUCAUCCAACACUAUAUGAAAACUUGUCAACGUCCUGAAAAAGAAUUAUUGACUCGGACAUGGUUAUUUAUCAAAGAUUCAAUCCAAUCAAAUUGGGAUACUAUUCCAGAAGAUACAAAAGAUAUAUUAUCAAAAUUAUCUUUAUAA